AUGAAGAGCAUGCAGGGCUUGUUGCAUAAGACCAGCCUGCAAACUGCUCAAGAACAACAACAAAAGCCCGUUGCUCCACAAUCUGUUGCUGGCCAAAAGAGGGCGUGGUCCAGCAAUGGUGGCCUUGUCAAGCCGCAACCACUCGCGACCACUUCGGCUGCUAAUUCCACUUCGCAUUCCACAGUCUAUUUCCAAAAAGCCAUCGACCUUCCCUUGGCUCCAAGCCGACUCUCGGCAAGUAAAAUAAUACAUCUUAGGGGCAAUCAUGCAACGACGACGGAGUAUUCACAAAGACGGUUGAUUUCCGCAACACCCUUGUCAUCUCGGGAUCCCGAGUUAGACCUUUCCCAUCCGACCUAUGGUCUCUCUGGCCAAAUUGUUUCCAAUUUUGCUUUGCUUGGCAUAAAUCACAUCUAUCCCUGGCAAAAAAACUGCCUAAAAGGCCCUGGCCUCCUCAAUGGCGAGAGAAACCUUGUAUAUUGUGCUCCUACAGGUGGUGGUAAAUCCCUGGUGGCCGAUUUGCUUAUGUUAAAGCGAAUAAUCGGCGAACCUGGCACGAAGGCUCUCCUCGUUCUUCCAUACGUCGCCCUUGUGCAGGAAAAAGUAGGCUGGCUGCGGAAGAUCGCUCAAGAUGUGAAAAUUCUGGACGACUCAAUGCUACAAGAUGCAGCGAAUGGACCUUGGCGCCGUCGAGCAGAUCAUGGCACCAUUCGCGUAGUCGGCUUUUUUGGUGGCGGGAAACUACGGGCCACUUGGGAUGACUUUGAUAUUGGUGUUUGCACACUAGAGAAGGCAAAUGCUCUAAUCAAUACCGCAAUUGAGGAUGGUUCUAUAUGCAAGCUUCGCUGCGUAGUCCUGGAUGAGCUUCACAUGAUAGAUGAUGACCAUCGAGGUUAUAUUCUCGAGCUUAUUGCCACAAAGCUGAUGUGCCUUGGACAACAGGUGCAGCUAAUUGGAAUGAGCGCAACCCUUCCUAACUUAAACUUACUUGCUACGUGGCUUGGCGCCCAUACUUACGAGACACGAUAUAGACCAGUACCGAUAGAAGAGCAUCUUGUUUACGACGGCAAGAUCUUUCUAGCUGGUCCAAAUGAUGGACUGGGGCAUACUCCAUCGCAACUCAGUAGCCAGGAUGUAACUGGCGGAAAGACAGUGCCUAUCCGACGGAUCGACGCCUCCGCGCAUAAAGAAUUCAAAGAUCCGGUCUUAAAUGCAGUGGUAUCUCUGGCACACGAAACUGCGAGUAUGGGUUAUGGAGUGCUCGUCUUUGCCGGUAGUCGGGGACUGUGCGAGUCUGAUGCUCGCUGGAUCAGCCGGGUCAUGCCCCAACCGAACACACUUGCUACUGAUAUCUUUGAUAAGCGUAUAAGCUUGCUGGGGGAUUUGCGCAGCUUAAGCACUGGAAUAGAUCCCGCAGGUCUAACUAGCGAAGAGAGAGAUCUCAUCGCUUCUGCGUACGAUGCCGGCACGAUCCUAGUAUGUGUAGCAACCUGCAGUCUUGCUGCUGGAAUUAAUUUACCUGCUCGGAGGGUAAUCCUGCACAAUGUAAAACUGGGGCGGGAAUAUAUUGGCCCAGCAAUGUUGAGACAGAUGCGAGGAAGAGCCGGACGGCAGGGUAAAACUCCAGUCGGGGAGACGUAUCUGUGUUGCCGAGAACCUGAUCUGGACCAUGUUCUGGAGCUUAUGCAUGCAGAUAUUCCCAAAGUUUCGAGUUGCCUCAGUAUUAAGAAUAGGCGCAUUCAACGAGCUUUGCUGGAGGUCGUCGCGGUCCGCCUAGCUACCAGUCGUGAAUCCAUAGAGGACUACUUUUCUAAAUCUCUGCUGCGUAAGUCCCAGUCGUCAGACUUAAUCCACGACAGCAUAGACUCCAGCCUUGAUGAGCUUCAAACUAUGGGUCUAAUUGAAUCCGAUCUGUUUUCAAACUACACACCGACGCAAUUGGGAAAGGCUAUAGUAGCAUCGGCAAUCGACCCAGACGAUGGCGUUUUCAUUCACAAGGAACUCGUCAAAGCCUUGCGGGCAUUUGUAAUGGAUGGCGAGAUGCACAUACUCUACGUGUUUACACCAGUCCAAGAUUUCGGUACCUCGGUCAAUUGGCAGGUAUUCCGGAAUGAAAUGGAGGGUCUGGAUGAAAGUGGCUUGCGGGUCCUUCACUUUCUCGGAAUCAAGCCUACAUCGGUUCUUCGUCUUGCCCAAGGAGCAAGUUUGAAGGAGACAACCACCGAGGAGAAGCAAAUUGCACGUGUCUAUCGCCGUUUCUACUUGGCUAUGCAACUACGCGAUAUCUGCAACGAAGUUCCUAUUCACGCUGUUGCUCGCAAAUAUGAUAUGCCUCGGGGCUCAGUACAAGCGUUAUCACAGACUUGUCAGGGCUUUGCAGCCGGCAUGGUCAAGUUUUGCGAGCACAUGGGAUGGGGACCAAUGGCAGCAGCGUUGGACCAUUUUUCGGAUCGUUUGAUGGCGGGAGCCAGAGCCGAGCUCUUGGCACUCUCAAAGGUUCCAUUUGUCAAGAGUCGCACAGCAAGAGUAUUCUUUGAAAAUGGAUACCGAAGUAUAGCGGCUCUCGCAAACGCGGAUCCGAAAGACUUGGUACCAAUACUAAUGCAGGCACAACCCAAUAAAUUGCGUAUCAAAGGCCAAAACGAUGAGUUAAUGGAAGACAAGAUGCUAGCCAAAGCAAACAUCAUUUGUUCAGCUGCUAAUAGACUUUGGAAUAUACAAAUGCAAGCCGAGAUGGAUGAGAUUUGA